GCAGGCCUGAUCAAUAGAGCUGUGUCAGUCGGCUCUUUCGCAUGCAAAUGUGCAAAAAGGGCAUUGAAGCAAAUUGUUGAUGUGAUUUAUUGUUGUAUAUUUAAUUGCACGCGCUGUCAAGAGUUUAGAUAUAUUUAUUUGUGCUCGUGCUGCGCGUUUAUUUCUCUUCUUGGUGUAGUGAGAAGCUGCUUUGAUUCUCUCCUUUGACAGAAAAGAUGAACGGGGGCUGCGCUUUUGGCUGGAGAAGCCUCCGAUCGACCGAAUGCAACACCUAGACAACGAAGGAGAGGAUUAUUUGAUGGGUUGCAUUUGAUUUUCCUGACCUGCCAUAUCCGGAUUUGGGAUUAUUCCACAUUCCUCGGAAUGGAAGGACGGGAUUUCGCUGCUCCGGCGCACCUUCUUUCAGAGCGGGGCGCCCUGGUGCACCGAGCCGCCUCUCGGAUCGCUCCCUCGGGCCACAGCUCUGUGCAGCACGCCGGUCACUUCCCGCCGGGGAAAUAUUACCCGUCACACAUACCAAUGGCUCCCCACUCAGGCAGUGGACUGAUGGGAAACUCCUCCGCCUCCUUCAUGGGGACCUUUCUGGCCAGUAGUUUGGGUUCCCCCCCUUCCCACCCGCCUCACCCUUCACGGCCGCCUUCCUCACCUUCUUCACCUUCCUUCCGAAGUGGACCCCACUCUAGCGCUUCUCAGAUCUGGUUUCCCCAUUCACAUGAAGCAGGUCCAGGAUAUCCGAGAUUCUCAGGGAGUCUGGCCCACACUUUCCUUCCAAUGAGCCACUUGGAUCACCACGCCAACAGUGGAGUUCUAUACGGGCAGCACCGCUUCUACGACACUCAGAAAGAGAACUUCUACCUGCGGGGUCUCCCAUCUCAGCCACCCCUCAUCUCAACCAACCAUAGUAUGCCGCCGAUGUCCCGGCCGGGUUCAGGACACUCUCAGGGGUCCUGCAGCAGAGACAGAGAUUCGGGAAUGGGCGCUGGAAUACAUAAAGGACUCAAGGAAGGGUCCGUGGAAAGGGGGGUGAUAUCUGUCAAGGACAAGGAGAGGACUAGUAGCAAACAAGAGGCUAAGGAGCGACAGCAACAGCAGCAGCAGCAGCACCACAACAACCCGACUCGCCAAACCACACACCAACACCAUUCCCACAACCAUCCGCAACACCCUCAUUAUCCCCAGCACCCCCUGCCCCUGGAAGAUGUCAACAGUCGGGCCCUGGAGAGGCACAAGGCGUCACUUACAAUGGAGUACAGCAAGGAUCACCCACAGACUAUGGGCAAGCCUCUCAGUGCCUGCUUACACAAUGGCAAGAUGCAGAACGGAGAUGCAGGAACUGGGGCUAAGGUGUCCUUGUCCAGCUGUGGUGGGGAUGGUACAAACAUUCGCGCUAUGGGGGUUGGGGGGAGCACUCAGGGCAGACAUCUGGGGUCAAGUGGUGGCAAUCGCUGCACCAAAGAAGGGGUGAGUGGGGACAUGAGGAUCAGUGAGCAACCUGCAGACUGUCUAGAACGGGGUCAGGCACCACUUCACCACUCUCUCCCAUACUCAGUGCCCCCACCUUUACACAUGGGUUCUGCUGCUGGAGCUACACACCCUCACCCCCAUUCGCAUACUCAUCCACAUACACACCCUCAUCCCGGAGGUUUCCACUGCCUUCAGCUCCACCCAAGUCAUCCACACCACCCGCAUCAUUCGCACCACACACACCACCAUCCAGACUUUUUCUGCUCAGCUCCAGCUGCUCCUCUGGCCAACUCUGCUUCCCAAGAGAGGGGGCCAAUAAAUGUAGGGAGGGAGCCGAAAGCCACUGGGCUCACAUUUGUGACAUCUGGAGGAGACCUAGGGGACAAAUCUAGUGGGUCAUUCCAGACUGGUAACCCCGAGUGUCAGGGCGUGGGAACUGGAGGAGGAGCCAGCAGCGCCAAGGACAAAGCAAUGCAAAAAAAUGGAGGUGGAAACCAUAAUUGGCACAGAAAACAGCAACAUCAGCAGCAGCAACAACAACAGCAACAUCCUUACAAAAAGACAGAAAAGGCUCCAGACUGGAUGCAAACUCAUCACCAACAUGUUCAGCCCACGCAGCUUCCUCCACCUUCCCAACAACAGCCAACACACCCACAGCAGCAGCAGCACCAAGUUGUACGGUCACAGAGUGCGGAGUGCAUCAACAGUGGAGUUGACAUAGAUGUGUUUAGAUCCUCAUUACCACAAGGACCCAAAGUUGGCCAUUCUGUUCCUCAUUCGGUAAAUACUUCUCCUUACAGAGACUGUUCCCUUCAGGGACCCCCACCGAACUCCUCCCCACUUGGAGGUAAAAACAUGGGGCAGCAUAGUGGGCCUGGAGCAGCACACUGCCCUGGUGGCAGCUGCUCCUUACAGAGAGACGGCCAAAAGGUAGCCAGGAUUCGCCACCAGCAGCAUGGCCAUCCUGGGCCAGACGCUCCUUCGCCGGCUGAGUUGAGUAACGGUCAGGAGCUUAAAAGAAAGAUGGACAUGUCUCCUUAUGGAUACAACAACGGCAGUGGACAGCACCACCAGCAGCAACCCACUGUGCCACCAUGGACUAUGAGACCCCCCCAUCACAUGUCACAACCGGAGGAGGAACAAAGGAAGUCCUACAUGGAGCUGGGGAGCACGACAGGGCAACACUCGCAGCAAAAGCAACAACAACCAGGCAUCAGUCUCCCUCCUCCCCAGCCCCCCUCUGCACCACUUCACAGUCAGCCACAGCAGCAACCCGAUCCCCAAGGUCCAACUCAGGGUGAGAGCAGCGCCAUGAAGAGCCUGCUAAAAUACAGCAACCAGCAACAGCCACUGCUCCUCUCUCAGAAAAGCCCCUUUGGGGGGCUGGGAAAUCUCAAAUCAGGUCCAUCAGGGGGUAGCUGUGCCCUGCAGGGUAACAAACAGACUCUGCCUUCCAGGAAGGGCCCGACCAACGAUGGGGAGCGCCCUGAAUACCGAAGCAGGGAAAUAGGGGAUCUGUGCCACGGGGAAAGUGAGGUUCGGCAGCCACCAGUGGGGAUCGCCGUGGCGGUGGCCAGACAAAGAGAGCCCACGUGUCGUUCAGGGGAUACUCAUCCCAACAGCCGACACGGGAGGGUGCAGCUCGCUGUGAAAGGACCACCACGCACCAUGUAUCCCUCAGAUCCCUCUGAGGAGGAGAGGAAGAGGAUAAGCGAGGAACAAAUCGGGAUCACUUGUCUGGACAGAGAGAGAGAAGCGUAUAUCAGGGAAAAUAAAGAAAGGGUGGAGUUUGCAAGGAUCCAUCCAACCAACAGUUGUCAUGGUGACCUCACCUCUCACCUCAUUGUUCCUGGUGGGACGUCCAUCCAGUCUGGCCAAUUGGGAGAUCCUGCUGCACAUUCUGCUCACCACCAUUGGAUGCCAAGAACUGGAAGUCCGUCCCUCUGGAUGACCGGACACUCUUAUGGUAUAGGUCAUACGACUCUGCACCAGAACCUACCACCAGGCUUCUCUGCAGCCAUGUCAGGCCCUCUGCAGCCGGUCCUUCCUCUGCCUCAGGACCCCUCUGCUCAGCUGGUGGUCCUGCCCUCCGAGCCCCCAACGCAUCCUGCCCCCCAUCACCUGGAUGUGAUGGAGCAGCAAGGGCUGUGGCCUCCUGUGUACGGCGCCCGGGGCCCACCCUCCCACAUGCAGCAUCCUGCUGUGUACUCCCGAUCACAGUUUCUACGGCAACAGGAGCUGUACGCUAUCCAGCAGCAUCAGCAGCUUCAGCACCAGAACCAGAGUCACCCGUCACAACAAUCCCAGCUGCAGUCUCAGCCUCAGCAGCAGUCUCACAGAGCAGCACAUAGCAUGCAGCAUCAGGCUCCUCACAGUGAACAGAUCCAGAAGAGACCAAACGAGCCCUCAGAUCAACUGGAGGAACUCAUCUCAGAGCCACGAAUGUCCAAACCCGCCAAAGCUUACCCCUACAACCCCCCGCAGAGAAACGCCUCGUCCCCUGGAGCCUGCGCCACUCACAUGUCACCUUGUUACCAAUCCCCCUCCCUGCGCCAGCAUCCCCGAAGCACUCCUUCCACACCCCGCCCCGCUCCCAGCCCGGUUGCAGCCGUCCCUCAUUCUCCUGCCAUCAGUCCCGCUCCACCUCAAAUGCUCAAGGGGGCUGAAUCCCAAGACAAGAGAGGCAAAGGACAGCCCCCACAAGAUUAUCCCGAGUCUUUGGAGCCGGAUUUACCUCCAGGAUAUACAUACCCCGCUAUUGCCAUGGGCUUCAGACGUGGACCGUCUCCACAGGAUGUUCAACUGGCUGAGCCAGCUGACCUGGAAGCAGUCCAAGCGGAGCCUUCUGAGCACGCUCCUGAGCCCCUUGCUAGCCUGGAGGAGGAGUUAGACUGCCAAGUGGUGGUCAUGCCCCUCCCAGAGCCGCUACCACUCAAGGAAGUGGAGCCAGAGGAGGAAGAAGCCGUGGCUGACAGGGUUUUGGAUCCAAGAGAGGGGGUUGAGGUGGCGGUGGUGGCAGCCAACUAUGUGCCUGAUGAAGAGGAGGCAGAUGAACAGGGUUCAGACGUCACUGGUGUACUGGUUUGUCCCUCAGCUGAGGAUACAGCUUGUGAGACGGCUUCCUCUGCAGUUCCCCUUUCAGCAGAGGAGCCUAACAGGCCAGAAGCCGUAAUUACUCUGGAGGAGGAGGAUGAGGAGGUGGCGGCGGGUGGGGAGAUUCAGGUGGAGUGUGAUCAAAAGGUCAACAUACCAGGGGAGCGGGAGCCAGAGCUGCCCGCCAUCAUUGAGCUUGACCCAGCAUCCCCUCCAGCCCUGCAGCCGCAGCGUCCACUCUCCGAAGGAGCAAAGGACUGUGCUGAAGACUCAGUGGAUUUUGUGUGUCUGUCCCCCGCCUCAGCGUCGGCCUGCAACUCGAGCCAUGAAACCGUUGCCGAGCCGCGCAAACCUCUCGUGCCCUGCUACUGGAGUCUGGAGCUGCUGAUCGCUGCCGCUUUUUGCACAGAUGUACCCCCAUUUCCCCUGUUCCCCUACAGCCCCCCUUCACCUGCUCCUUUGCAGUGCACGUCUUCUACCCAGGGUAUGGAGCUUCUGAGCGAGCUGGCUGAUCUGGAGCUGCAGCAGCAGAAACGCACAAGCGGGAACAGCCAGGAAGAAGAUCUGCUCAUGAUAGACCUUCAAAGCCUUGCUACUUUGGCCGCAGCUCGUGCCUUGGAGCUGGGCUCCCAGGACGGCGUCAGCGUGGGUUCUGGACGACACUUCCCGGCUCGCAGGAUCUUCAAUUUACGCCGGAAGUGCAGCUGGGCUCCUCGAAAUGAACCAGUGUGCCCAGCUAAAGUCAACAUGGAGGCCAUGGAUGGAGCUGAACUUGCAAUGCGAGUAAAAUUAGCUGACAUACAACGUCGCUACAAAGAAAAGCAAAAGGAACUGGUCAAACUUCAGAGGAAACACGACCAUCAGAAGGAGGAAACUCCGCGCAGCCCCGCACGGCGAGGGCCAGGCCGGCCGAGGAAGCGGAAACCCACCCUCACCGCAGGUCCACUGUCCUUAACGGAGGGCCAAAGAAAAGUCAAGUCGAUGGGGGCGGGGCUUGGUUUGUCGCCUGAGGACCUCGGAGGGGGCGGAGAAAGCCAGAGAAGGAAGAAGAGGCUCUCUAGUCGAGGCUUUGAGCGACUCAGCAGCACACAGCAGAUAAAAGGCGGCAGGAAAAGCAGUCUUCACAGCGUGCUCAGCUCCAAGCUGGCUGGUGAUGUAGCGCAGCUCAAACAGAAGGCCCAGGUUAAAAAGAAUCUCUCAGGAACAGGCCCCAGGGACAAGGAAGCUUCCCCUUGCAACUCCAACCCCAAGAAUGGCUUCAGAAGCCAGAAUGCGGUCAAAGCCGAAUCCAGGCGGGAGUCCGGAGGACAGAGUGAUACAGCAGCCAGCGUGGACAGUGUCCCCCAAGACAACUGGGCAGGAAUUGUGCGCGGUGGACAUAAAAACGGAUCCUUCUCGCAAGGAUCCUCGCAGAUGAGUCAGCAGAAGACAAAGGUUCAGAGGGAGAAAGCGAUGGAGGAGGAGAGCUCCUCUGCGGAAAGUGACUCCUCAGACCAAGAUGCAGAAGAAGAGGAGGACAGUUAUGAGACCGAUGAAGGCCGAGAUUACAAGCCCCAAUCCCCCAAAGAUGUCACUUCCUGCUCCACUGUGACAGGCCCCAGCCCUUCAUCUGUGGUGAAACUGGAGGCCAACCAAAAGGCCAGGAACAAGAAACGGAGACAGGAGCUUUACGGCUCCCAGAAUUUGUCUGGAACGGAGGGGGAAGUCAAAGUGCGGAAGAAACCCACCUGCCGGCUGGGAAUGGCCACUGCAGGGAAAAACCAUCAAGACCAACGGCCGGAAGGAGGACGAAGAUCGUCUGGAACCAGAUCUAAGGAACCGCGAUGGGGGAGCCUCGGCACGAGGGGCAGCCGCUUCAGGAGAAGCAUGGGACUGGCCACCUUCCCAACGACGAGUGAGCGACUGAAGAGGGCGACCCGCAAGAGCACCAUCCUGAGAGGAACUAUUAACAAGUCAAAGGGGCGAGCGGUGAGCCGUCUCUUGGAGAGCUUUGCGGCGGAUGAGGGCUUUCAGAUGGAUGGCAGCAGCUUCUCUGAGGAAGAUGACAGCAGUCAUCGACAAAAAAACAACAAAAGCCCCGAAGCUCCAAACUGUGUCCUGACCAAAGAACUUUUAACCGAUGGACUGAAGGUGUUGAUCUCCAAGGAGGAUGAGCUGCUUUACGCUGCCAGAGUCCACAGCCUGGAGAUCCCUGACAUAUUUAAAAUCAGCAUUGAUGGGGAAAGAGGAAACCGCUCAAGAAUCUAUUCACUGGAACAACUGCUACAAGAGGCUGUUCUGGAUAUACGUCCAGAGUCUGAGACUGUUCUCGGGGAAGGAACUCGGGUGUGUGCUUACUGGAGCGAACGCUCGCGGUGCCUGUAUCCAGGCUACGUUCGCAGAGGUGGUCCAUGUGAUGACGGAAAGCAGGGAGGAGUGAUGGUGGAGUUUGAUGAUGGAGACAGAGGGAAGAUUUCCCUUCACAAUAUCCGCCUCCUGCCUCCAGGAUACCAGAUUCACUGUGGGGAGUCAUCUCCUGCCCUGUUGGUACCCAGCGGACCAACGCCCAAAAAAGGUUCAAGUCUGGAGCAGGCACCCAUCAGUCGGCCUUCAGACAGACUUACAGUAAAUAGUUCAACCAACAACCAGAGUCUGACUGCAAUUAAGAGAAGACCAGGGAGACCAAAGGGUUCUGGAAAAAAACAAAAGCAGCAGCAGGCAGAAAGUACCAAUAAAACUCCUUUGUCAUUCCUGGGUUGGGCUUCACUGACCAACACCAAGAAGAGAACAAAUGAAAACUUGUUUCAGUUCAACGGAGCACCCAGGAAACCCCAGAGGAGAAAGGAGGACGCCUUAUUCUGCUCAACCCAAACCCCGUCACUGGCCUCCCUUCCGUCCAAAGGCCUUUUCAGCAGCAGCUCAUUUGAGGUGGAUUCCUUCCGAAGUAUCGCGAACGGCUACUCCUUCUGUAAUCAGUCUAGUGGGACAGGCUCAGGUUUAUCUCUGGGAAUCAAAAGUGAGCUCUACUGUGAGAAGCGCAGACAAGAUGACCUACCAAGAGGCAGGAAGUCCGGUCAGGAGUUCCUGGUCAAAUUAGAUCAUGAAGGGGUGACUUCUCCCAAGACAAAGAGCAGUAAGGCUCUGCUGUGCAGAGGUGGAUCUUCCAGUGUCAGUAGCAUUCCUAGAACAGAGUCGUACUCCCAUCCAGUCUUGCUAGUCAAGGACAACAAAAAGAGUGGAUCAUCCAAGGUGGAGCUUCUCUUGAAAGGGACCACACCGCAAAGAAAACCCUCCUCUGCCUUGGGAAUAGAGGAAUAUGGCGACUUAGGUUUCAGCUCACACAGAGACUGCCACAGUUCCUACUCAGAUCUUGAUGACGACGAGGAGGAGGAAGGCAGGAGGAGUGCUGCUAUGGCUGCAGCCACAGGAGGACUCAGGACGGCUGGCCGUUUUCUAUCUCGACUCUCUGUCUCUUCCUCCUCCACUGGUUCCUCAAGCUCGUCCUCCUCAGGCUCUCUGUCAAGUUCUAGCCUGUGCUCAUCCGACAAUGACUCCUCCUACAGCUCAGAGGACGAGGACGCAUCAGCAAUGAUGUUGCAGACUUGUCUGUCUUCUCACAGGGGCCUCCUCCAGUCAUCUCAACCGUCUACUUCUUCAAGGCCUCGACAGCACUCCUUUGUUGCCAAAGCCGUUGCUGUUCCUAGUGUCAAAGGAGGCCCUUCUGAUCAUGUCUCCAACAGCAAAUCCUUCAAGAGGAAGGAAUGCAUGAGCUCCAGCUCCCGACCCAACAAGGAAUUUGUGAAGAAACCCAAGUUGCUUCCAGAUGACACUUCGUUUAUUCCAAGACCUAAGAUGUCUUCAUUUCUGGGAGGCCGACAAAUGUGGAGAUGGUCAGGAAACCCUACACAGAGGCGUGGGCUGAAAGGUAAGGCCCGAAAGCUUUUCUACAAGGCCAUCAUACGAGGGAGGGACGUCAUGAGGGUUGGAGACUGUGCCGUGUUCCUCUCAGACGGGCGUCCAAACCUCCCAUAUGUGGGUCAAAUCGAGAGCCUGUGGGAAUCUUGGACUUCUAGAAUGGUGGUUAAAGUCAAAUGGUUCUAUCAUCCUGAGGAGACCAAGAUGGGCAAGAGGCUUCGUGAUGGCAAGCAUGCCCUUUACCAGUCUUGUCAUGAGGAUGAGAAUGAUGUCCAGACAAUCUCUCAUAAGUGCCGGGUGGUGAGCAGGGAGGAGUACGAGUGUCUGACUGGUAAUCAGAAGUCAAACAGUGCCCCCCAAGACCUCUACUACCUGGCUGGGACAUACGACCCUACGACGGGCCAGCUGGUCACUGUUGAAGGGGUUUCCGUCAUGUGCUGAACACCUGAAAGGACACUACUGAAGGACAGACAUGACAUGGGUAAAACAUGGCAUGAAUGAGCCCCAGCGCUCAUGGCCUAAAUGUCAGCACCAAAGCAGGGCUGUCUGAGACACUGUACACACCUGAUUCUUGAGAAAGUCGAAGGCAAAGACUCGUUAAAUUCCUUUUUCUAAAAAAAAAGAUAGCAAACGUCUUGGGUCUUCCUGGGUAAAUUCAGUAACUAUUCUCUAUUUAAGACAUUCACAGCUGGGGUUUCAGAUUCACGCUUCCGUCAGAUGUUUCUGAAGUGAAGUUUAGAUUGCACUGUGUGGUGCAAAUUACGACGAGCCUAAAAAAUGUCACGCUGGACCAAUCCUUUGAAACGUAGGGUUACCAAAAAACAAGAGAAUGGAAAUGAACAGCGAGGCACUGGGCUCCCUCUUUUCAUUCCAGGGAAGAUGAACACGUGUAAAAGGUGCAAAAGUUGUUUGUAAAUAUUUUGAACUUUUCACAAUCAAGCCAUACACUUCAGUACCUCUCACCUGUCAAGAAAUGCGCAGGUGUGCAUUGUACAGUUCAAUUAUUGUAUUGUCUGUAUGUCGAUAUGUACAUAAAAGUUAUUUUAUAUAGGAGAUUAUUGUAUAUAUGAGAUGUAUCUUUCCAUGUUUGCAAUUGAUUUAUUUUUAUAUGGGUGUGGACUACAUUGUAUUGUGCUUUGUUUGAUUGUUUUUGCUUUGGGGAGUCAGGAUUGGGGAGGUUAGUGUUGCACUGCUUAUGCCCUGCUGAGACAGACAGAGCACACGAGACAGAUGGAUUCAGACUGUAACAGGACAAGACCCCCUUUCUGAGAGAGGGGGCUCAUCCUGUUAUAAAAAAAAGACAAAAAAAAAAGGUGAAGUGGCUUUUUGUAAAAGUGCUUUGUUGCUUUACAUUAGUGUUUGACUAAUUUAAAAGAAAAACGCCUUUUUUUUAUUUAACUUCUCAUUAAUCAUCAUUAGAUUCCACUGGAGUUGAGGUCACAGGUCAAAGGAAAAUUAUAAAUUAACAUACAGUUGUGACGCCAUAUUUGUGUGUGCGGGUAGCAUCACUACAAUCUUAACUACAAAUACACUUAAGACUGGGUCGUUACUUCAAAUAUAUAUUUAUUGUGCAUUACAGUGAUGAGUGCAAACGUUUGGCACAUUAUGGCCUACAAAAUACCAAAGUGUCUUUGAUAAUUUUUUUUUCCUUCUCACAAAACGAGAAAUCCUAAGCACCUGUAUAGAACUCAAAUCAGAAAUCACUGUUAACUUAUGAAAACUCGUCCUUCUCUAUGUGCAUAUAUUAUAGUCUAGUGACGCUAGUCUCUUGCACACAUACCUGCAGAUUUUAAGAGAUGAAUAUGCACCAAGAAGACACCUGGAAAUGUGACAAUGAAGGUCAAGCUAUUGACAAAAGGGAGAUAUUGAGAACGACCAAUUAGUUCAAAUGAAAUAUUUUAGUUUUAUUAGCCAUCUGUGUCUAUUUUGUACAGUACAACGGACUCGAUGCUAGCUGUGAAGGACAAUCAGACUCACAAAGCAAUGGACACAUUAUGUUUGCGCAAUCUAAUAAAACAAACAAAAUUUAUAUAUCACUGAAGCUUAUUUAAUUUGUGCCAAGUACAUUUUUUUUCUUCUAGUUUAGACUUAUUUGACAUGCAAUCAUGCAUAUUUUUUUUCUUUUUGUUCACAAAGUUUUAUUUUGUUUGCCAACGUUUAUUUAUUGUCAGUGUUGCUGUUUGUUCAUGCCAAGAGCGCUUUAUAGGAAUGUGACACUGUUUUUUCUUGGUGUGAUGUCGCAUUUGCAUUUCUUAAAUAAAACUGGUCUUUUAGAGGCCAUCUAGUAAAAAAAUAAAUAAAAAAACAACACUGGAUUCCUCUCA